UGUAAACAAAUACAGGAAAUAUAAGUGCAUUGCGCGUAAUGCGCACUGAAUGCACUGUCAUCUGUCGCUUCGUGCAUUGUUUGCCCAUACUUUUCAAAUUCACGGUUAUAUGCGAAAGACUAGUGGUCUAUGCAUUUAUUUGUCUGUGAUGCACACUGUAUGUACAUGUAUGUAACCCCUACAAAUGUACAUUUAGAUUCAUGGGAAUUGUAUGAUAACUUACAUGUAUCCCGUGUACAUGUGACACCCAAUUAAGAUAGUGUACAUGUUGAAUUCAUGUUUUGGACAAGUUUUAUAACAGGCAAAAUCCAUUUUGAAACCAAUCUGAAACACAAUGACUAUAUGAGUAGUCAUUCUUUUAUAUUUUCUAUUCGUUACUAGCUGAUAAUUAGUCACUGGCUUAAUUAGUGUUUAAUUGGUUGUUUAUUGGGAUAGUUUAAACUUAAAAAGAUUAGUUUUAAGUCAUGUUAUAUUGUAUUACUAGUUAGAUUUUUAUUAAAUUGCACUUUCCAACAAAAAUUAUCUACAACUUUCACUGCGUACAGUGUACAUUUAGUAGAUUGAGCAUUCAAUUGUCCUUCCGUUACCAAAUCUUAAUUAAUGUUUUUUGUUAUUAUGAGAUUACCAAACAUAAAUCAGUCAUUUUAAAUAAGGCUGAAUGUUCACAAAACAUCAUAGAUUGUAUUUAGUAACUUUGAAAUAACAUUGGCAAAGAAACUUCACGGAGUUUUGAGAAAAUGUGCCAUACUUGAAAUAUCCAUGUCGGUUUUGAUGUCCUAUUCUGACCUCAUUAAUAUGCAUAAUCUAUAAAUGACAAAUAAGUCUGAUCAAAACUUUGGCGGAAUUGAAAGGUUUUAGGUGUCACCAUGUAUUAACCGUAUUAACUUGAUUUUAACAAAAAAAGUCUUCGUGAUAUUGUGUUAAAACAUGAAAAUGCUGUCUGAAUGUCCUUCUGUUACCAUGGAAUUGCCCUAGAGCAAUAUUACUGUGGGUGUAAUAUACAUGUACCUGUACGAUCUGGUGCUGUUUACUGGUUAACAAUUGUGAUUUUCUAAGUUCUUGAUUGACUGGGAAUUAGGCCAACUGAUUUCCUGGACCAUCCGGCUGUGUACUCUAAUAACCACAAGUAAGCGGAUCUACAUGUACAUGUGCAUGUAUUUUUAGAGUGGUACGUAGAAACCACAAACAUACAAGAAGAACAUACAUGUAUUUUGUGAAAUGUUCAAUCCGCAUUCCCUUACACUGUUACCUGAAGUUACACAAUUUGGGUCUAAACUUUCAGAAACGCGUUUUGAAUUUCAUCGGAAAUCCUGUCUUUCAGGUGGUCUUUUUCAAUACAUUUUUUUCAAUUUCCCGUAAAAAAAAACCUGAGCUGUCUCAUCCAAGCUAUAGGUAAGCUUUACAUUAUUUUUUUGUUGAUACAUGUACUUGUACAUUGUAAGUCAGUACCUUAAACACACGUUGAAUCCCCUCGCCCAAAAAAAGCCCCAUUAACAAAAGUGAGGGAACAAUGGCAUGUUUGCGAUAUUUUCAGUGGGGAAGUCCUGCUGUCACCCCCAGAAGUUGUAAAAAACCAGAAAGGCGGCAACCUUUUAGUGAUGUCAGAUGUAUAUUAGACACAGCCCAGGUCAUGUGCCCCCAAGCGCCUUUACUUUCUGGUAUAUAUAAAAGUAGACUAAUUGUGGAGUUAUUGUAAAAAUUUCAGUUUUGUUUAUGUGUAUGUACAUGUCUACCUGUUGUUAUUCUGCAAGCAAGAUACGUGUUGUUAGUUACUGGCUAAUUGAUCGAUUGUUGUGAAACUGAACUCUAACUGCGUGGUAUACUAGUGACCUACCAAAGCUGCAUUGAUUAGCAGUGUGUAACCAUGGACUCCACACCAGACACUGGUCACCAGCUGGCAGACGUCCGGCUGAACUCGGCAACAACGCUGGAGAUGGAGACAUCCGGAGAGAUACCUUACAUGGAUGCGGACGAGCCCGCUCCAUCUCCCCCCUCCUCCCGAUCGGGAACCCUAAAGGCCCGGAAAAGCUCCAAGGGGCGGAGCCCUAAAUGCUCCCCACUGAUGGUGAACAAGGAGAGCAGCAUCCCCAUUGUCAAGAAGGAGGCAGAGAAGGUCAUGGAGAUGUUCUUGAAGAGGCGGAGCAUGAGCAUGAACGAUGCCAUCCUGCAGAAGGAAUUCUUCAGUCAGGAACGGAGGAGAAAGAAAGACCGCGCCCCACGGAAUAACACAGUCUCGAUUUGUUCCACAAUGAGCACAGACUCCAGCGACUACCGCAACAGUGGAGAUUUUGAGGAGGCCACCCUGACAAGAAGCAAGGGGAGCUUCAGCAGAGCUUUGGAGAACUCUGUUUUGCCGGGAGAUGUGCGGCGCGAACAGUCAUCGGCAGACGACGAACUGUCAUCGUCUGAUCAUGAAAUGGACAAGGAGAAGUCUCGUUCAGCUCCGUCCACCCUUCGCUUGCAGGUUGGUCGGUUGACCGAGGAAGAACUUGAAAAACUGCGGGAAGCAGGCAAUGGCUAUGCCCAGCAUGACAAAGAUGGCGUUAAGAAAGAUGUGAAGAAGAAGGACUUGCCCAAAAGGCGGAAAAGCCUGCUGGACAAAGCCAAGCAAAUCAUUCGCUCUCCUAGCAUGCAGAGGAAGCAUGACCACUCAGAGGAGAAAGAGGCCCCAGUGGGUCCCGAUGAAACCUCGGCCAGUCGAUCUAAAGUCCACCAAGAGAUGAAGCGUACUGGCUUUGCCAACAGACUGAAAAGGACAUUCAAACGGGACUCCCGCAAAAGCUCUCUGAAGAGUUGCGAGUCAGAGACAAGGACUCCCACCCCACCAAACUCGGCCUCAUCAGAAUCCAAAGAUGGGAGCAAAACAAGGCGAUGGCCGAGUUUCCAGCUCAAGAGGAAGCCGCGGAAGAGUGCGUCGACCCCCACCGACGAUAGCCUGGCCGGGGCUACGCCCUCAGACACAACAUCCAAUGCUGACUGGGCCUCGGUCAGCGACUACGACCACACCCAGAGCCUGACGGAGUUUGACCGGAGGAAGCUCCUAAAGGAGAUCCACAAUGGCGUCCAGUUGCGCCAUGCCCAGCAGGCUACCGGCAGUGAUUCUCAGCUCCACGCCCAGAGGGCGGAGAAGUUACCAUCUCGGAGAAGCGCCCCAGAGCCAGAGCACUGUGGGUUGGGCUCUACGGGCACCCAGACCCCCUCCUCAGUCCUUUCCAGCUCCCAGGAGUCCGGAAUGUCAUCUGACUGGUCGUCUGGAGGAUCAGGCCAGAGGACACAACGGCCCAGGAGCCUGAACUUGACGAGAUCAAGGCGGCACGAACGAGCAAGGCAGGGACUUAAUGAUGUCUUCAAGUUGGACAGGAUUACCCCGGGCCAUGUCCGCCGUGACACGGACACGCGACAGCCCGUCAUGCCCACUGCCCAGGAUGACAUUGACCCGGACCUGGAAACGGAUGGGAUCAAUGACACUGAGGAUGACAUGAGCGUUGAUGGGGGCAACGAAGAUGCGACUUUGCAGAGGCCAUCCAAGCGGGAGAGGGAGGAAUUCUACAAGCGGAUCGCCGACCGGCUGGCCCAGAUUGGAGACCGGUUUGUGACAGAGUACCAGGAGGGUCUGGUCGGGGAAGAUGAACAGGCCAGGCCCGUUUCCAGACAGCGAGCGAAGGAGCUGGGAGCAUCAGCUGUUCCUAUGGAAACGAGCGCGGCGGCAGCCACCGGAAGUACAGAAUCGGAUGAUAGACUGUUUGAUAGCAUCGGUGGAAGGAUACGGGACCAUGUGGAUGGUUACCGAGUGAUUGAUCUGAUUGUUUUUGAGCUUCUUAGAUUAAGUGGCAAUCCAAUACAAUCGCCUUUGUCACCAGAUGUAGAUAUCACCUCGUCAAUCCUGUCAGUGGUCCGCGACCACACCUACGCCGUCUUCCGCGACACCAUGCAGUCGCUUAUUGGCCAGGACACGGGCUUUGAGCAGCUGGCCUUGGUCUUCAAGUUCACCAAGCUGGCCAUGAAGAUCGCCCAGCACUAUGGCUCCCGGGCCAACGAAAUCAAGGACAACAGCCUACGGUACAUCGGAGAUCGCUUUGCUGCCUGGCUGGACAGCCAAGGGGGCUGGGGAGCUGUGGUGUAUUCCAGUGACUCAGAAGAAGAAGGGGAACAGUCUCAUCAUGGGGAAUCGGAAAUUGAUUAAUGAUGUCAUUGUGAGAUCACUGCUCAUUCUUGCAGAAAACUGUCAAUUCCUGAAAUGAAUUUUUGUUACAGGUAUCUAAAUGUAUAUAUGUAUUUCUUUGAAUGUGUCCACACUUAAAGAAUAGAACCUUUGCUUCUUUCUCUCCUUUUACUCCCACAUGGAUUAGAGAUGAUAUUUUUCAAGUUUGUUUUGUGCUGUACGACUGUACGUUUGUAAUUUUGUAAGAGGUAGGCCCAACUUAGGGCUGCUAAAUAUGCUAAGCCAAUUUGUGCUGUACAGAAAUCGGUAAAAAAUCCGUUUACAACGAGUGUACUAUACAGUGCAUGUUUUGGUGGUUGGUAACCAGUUUUUCUCAGCCUAUUCUCUCUUUGCAAAAACUUAUAGCCGGUUCAGAGAACCAGGAACGACUAUAAAUGGACCGUGUUUACAUGUAAUUGUGUGAAGCUAGCAGUUCGAUGUUCUUUAUAUGGUGGCACCUUGCAAAGAGUGAAUACUGUCUAAGCUCCACACAUCUGUGGUCUUAGUAGGUCUUUGAAAUUAGGUCUUGGCACAAGUUGUCAAUGUCCACUUGCCCAACUGGUGCAACCUGGAUCAGACUCCGUGGUGACAUGCUCAUGAAUUUUUUUGAGAAUGGUAAAAACUCAGUGAAAAGCACCUUGUCACUGUCGCGAUGCAACCUUGCUGCUAGGCAGCAGCGUUUUUUCCUCCGUGAUGUCUCGUAGUGUUUUUCAAAUUCUUGAAUAAGAAUCAUGUUUCCACAUUUCUUAGGAAUCGAUUUCCAUAGAUUUGAUUCUAGCAAGUCUGCAGCAAAUACGGAAGGGCCUGGACAUGUCCACGGGCUAAUGUAUGUGUGAUUUCUUUGAAUUGUGUGCUGGAAAAUUUUGAUUUCAAAGCAGUUUAAGAUAAACAGUUCUAUCAUGAUAGAAAUCUGUUGUAUUUGUUGGGAUGGGUUGACCAUUGUACAAGUACAUGCAACCACCAGAUAGAUGUCUUCUUCCAUGUACCUUUUGCCGAUGAAGAUUGCAAUUAAUUUGCAGUGGAAUUGCAAUUCCUGGGUGGAAUAGGAGUAGAUUCCAAAACUACUGGAAUCGCUGAGCACAAAUGUUUCUGCAGUGUGACACCUAUCAGCACCAGUCUUCAAUGCAGUCUUAAAAGCGAGACUUGAUAACCAGUUCCGAGGCAUUUGUUUUCCACUGACCUUGCUCAGACAUACCUCGCUUGUCAUUAGCUCUGAACUUUCCUGGUUGUUCUGUCUCAUACCCUGAAUCCAAGUACAGGUUUAUUUGUUUCAUUUCUUUAAGUCACAUGUUUCAUUUCCACUGUUGGCAGGGCACAGUUUGUAAAUAAGGAAUGCUUCACCACAAUAGAUUUUGGAAAUGUGAUCCUUAAUUUUUUUGUUUAUGUUUUUGUCAAUGUACGGAACAUGACUUACCUAAAAUCCAGUAUUCAUAUACCAGAUCUUUAUACACGUGUAAUUUGUAACUCAGAUGGUUAAUAAACUUGUACAUAUUCUGUAAGAUAUCUUGAAUUUUAAGAGUGAUACAUAUAAAAAAGUAUAUCAAUCUUUAUGAAACGUAGAGUGGAAAUUGAUGUACAAACCAGAUCAGCUGCAAUUAACAAUUAUUUGGUUAUGUACUUAGACGUAUGUUUAUUCAGGUGUUAUUGACCAUGGAAUUUAUGUCAUUACUUUGAUUUUAGUAUUUGAAACUUUGUUUUAAAUUUCUAGUGCUUGUAUUGAUUUUCGCUCGCGCAUUUUAGAAGACAAAUUUUGGCAAGUAUGAUAAUAUAUGUACUGCUCGUGUUAGCCUUGUUUUCCUGGAUAUUGAAAAAAGAGCCAUACUUAAUCUGCCCAAAAUGUCACAGUGUAUUGUAACCAAAUGUACAAACUUCUGGUAAAUUUCAUGUUAUCACAGCUAUAACAGGAAUGAACUGUAAAGUACUGAUUCCAUCAAAUUCAUGCUAAUUGAUUUCUUGGAUUUUAGAGUAAUUGGGUCUGGGAUAAUUAUUUUCAAAAUAAUAUGAGCCUUUCUGACAUCAAAAAUAAAAUACAGUUCGAUGAAUUUUGAUCCACAUUUUGAAAUUUAAUGACAGUGGUGCAUAUUUGCAUCAUUAGUAACAUCUGCUUGUUGUCUUGAAACGGUGCCAAGUUUGAGGCAGCAUUAUAAACACUCGGCUCUGUUACACACAGUACCAUUCUUGGCCAAUUUUCAUUUUAAGUACCUGGGAAUCCUAUUUAAUAUUCACAGUACAUUGUGACUGUGACAUUUGAACUGCCUGUUUUCAACAAUGAUCUCAUUGUUGUUCCUGGCAAUGAUCCAUCAUUGCCACUAAAUCUGAUAGUCGUAGCAUGAUCCAACAAGGCCUUUUGCUUUGUUGCCAUCAAAGUGGUCAAAAGUAUCGUGCACUUAACUAAGCCAUGUGGUAUAAUGUGUCAUGUGCAUGUAGAUCCAGUGUUUGCAUUCCGUACCAACUGAUUUUAGAUGACAUGUUCAUUGAAUCGUUCCCAUGGAUUAAGUCAAGCAAAGAAUAUUUGGUGUUGAGUAUUCUCAUUCAUUGCUGCUUGGUGACUGCAAGCCUUUUUCAAAACAUCUCAUGAUGCUUUGACGACGGUUUAUUCUCGGCAUAAAGAUUUCUGAUCUUUUGGCUAAUCUACCAGUCAGAUCUAUUGAGGGGGGCACUAACUUUUUUGAUGUUGUUGGAACUUUGACAAACUUUGAGAUCUCUUGCUCCAGGACAGUGAGUAAUACUCCAAAGCACCUGUUUCUUCUUGUUGAUUGAGUCAAGCAAAGAAUAUUUGGUGUUGAGUAUUCUCAUUCAUUGCUGCUUGGUGACUGCAAGCCUUUUUCAAAACAUCUCAUGAUGCUUUGACGACGGUUUAUUCUCGGCAUAAAGAUUUCUGAUCUUUUGGCUAAUCUACCAGUCAGAUCUAUUGAGGGGGGCACUAACUUUUUUGAUGUUGUUGGAACUUUGACAAACUUUGAGAUCUCUUGCUCCAGGACAGUGAGUAAUACUCCAAAGCACCUGUUUCUUCUUGUUGAUUGAGUCAGGUUUGAAAUACUGGACACUGGGGGAUUCAGCUGGGUAAAGCAUGCAUCAGGGGCCUAGUCUGUUGACUGCAAACACUUUGAUGAAGAAACCUAACUCUACAGGGCCUUAGAAUUCAUCAACAUCUCCAGAAUCCCAAAAGCCAAGCUUUCAAGAUCCUUAGUAAAGUCUUACUUUGUGUACCUUAAGUUACAGAAUUUUUUCCCUAAUGCAAAUCAGGUUCUGAAAUUUGCCAACUGUGCCCGAAUUGUCCACCCAUCAUGCACAUAUUUACUAGCAAUUUCUUUCUUUUUUAUAAAUUUUUUGACAUCGUUUUAUGACCAGAUUUGUUUUUGUCAGUUCACUUUGUUAAACAAAGUGAGUAUUCCCUACACCCUGUGAGAUUCAAUGUCGUGUCAGUUACGUGCCUUUUGACUAAAAAUUUUCAUUUAAAUUUCUUCCUCUUGAUAUUUAAUCCAUUCAGAAUUGUAAAUACAUGGACUGUAUCUCAGCCACUCCACUGGUUUUUAGAACCGUUACAUUUACAUGUACAAUUUUAUGUACAUUAUACAUGUAUCUCCUGCCAUGUGCGAAAACUUCCCACUACAUUUAUAUGUGAUAAAAAUUCCACAAAUUUAAAGAAGUACUUUUUUCAGUACCUUCUUUUAACAAAGUGGUGACCUUUUUAACGCAUCACUUAUUCAUGCGGUACAUUUUAACAGUCUGUAAUUUGUCAUGGUUAUGUGUAAGAUGUAUCAUUCGGUCAGUUCUUUAAAGAAAUUGUGAGUUUCCUCAAGGGUAGUUUGCUGUUUUGUUUGUUUUUUUUCUUUCAGCAUUCAAGUUUGCAAAUCAAAAAUGUGAAUAGUGACACACCGUUCCAUCAUGAGUUCAGAUUUGUGGGAAUAUCCAGCGCCAUCAGAAAUGUGAAUUUUGUAGGUAAAAACUUUAACACUGCGACACUAGUAUCUUUAAAAUGAGCGUGAUAUACUGUAUUUGUAAAGGUCAUGAAGGAUUUUUGGUGCUCAAGUAUGCCUGGAUCUUAUAUGUUAGAAGGGAAGUUAUAAAGAAAUGGCUUGUUAGAGACUGUAGAAAUUGCGCCCCCAUUUUUAUAAGAAUUGUAAUAUAAUCCCUGUAGAAAAUGCCAUUUUCAUGAGUACAUAUGAUGUAGGGAUCGUCUUUAAGAACGUAAACUGUAUAAAGAUGUCAAGAGUACUUAGUGUACAUGUAUAUUCCAUAUUGUAGAGUACUACAUAUUUAUUUCUAAGAUAUGUUUGUCUUCUGUUUUUAAAUGCUGCAUUUGAGAACUGAAGUGAAUUUUUCACAGUUUUGAUUUCAUGGUAAUCGACGGUUAUGAGCUUGGACAAAAUUUUGUUCGAAUCUAUCAUUUUUCCUGCGUGGUACAAAUUACCUAUUAUGCUGAAAAUGUGUCACACAAGAUUUGUGCCUAUUUUUGGGUGUGGAGAAAGGGUUAGUAAGGGUCAACACAAUUGAGUUACUGGCCUGUGUGGAGAUUUAUUAUUUGCUCAUAAUGUUCUGCUUUGCAAAAAUGGGUUACCAGUGUAAAUGCCAUGCAAUGUCUUUUGCAGCUGGUACUCGGUAGAUGUUCGUCAAGCAUCUGGCGUUUAGCCUGAGGAGAAUUUCCCUCUUUGUGAAGUUGCACUUGGGGUCAGGAAUGAACAAUUUUUGUCCAAGACGAAACUUAAGUAAUGUGCAGGUGUGCUUAAUCACGAUAUUAAGGAGAGAACCAAUUUGCAAGUUGUUUGGGAAUGUUAGGCAGCUGUAAGUGAACCAUGGACCAAUGAUGCAUAUUUCUGCAAUCCUGCUUUUAAAGUAGAGGGCCAUUUAUGUCCCACUUUAGUGGAAAAAAGAAUGGGAUUGAGCUUUUGAAGCUACUGCAAUAUUGUGUUCAAAACAUGUUAAGAUAUAAUUUUAGAAUGAGCAGAUAUGUCAGUCCAUGCAUACAUGCAUGUGGUAUCCAAGCAAGCUUCUUUUGGCAUGGCUCACAGCCAGUUGUGCUUGAUAUUCAUGAAACUUGUUUUGCUGUGUAGUUAAAAGUUGCAUUAAAGAUGGAAUUAAAGACGAAUUGAAAAGGAACAAAGA